GGCUGUUGUGGUCACUCCCCUUUUUCUCUCACACAGAUUGAUAAAUCUUGCCAGCGUGUACUGAGAGUGAGAAAUUGAUUGUAUUGUGCGUAAAUUGUGUGAAAAAAACAAUGUCUGGAAUGAGAGAAAUUGUGUCUGUGGUGUCUGGGAGAGAGGAGGGUGAGCGUGCUGUUGUGGAUGUGAGUGAUAGAGCAUGUGUGAGUGAGCGUGCGGAUGAUGUGUCUGAGUGUAGUGGUGGCGUGGAGAGAAGAGGAUGAGUAAAGUCCGAGCAGGUCCAAUCGCAAGACAAAGUGGUUGGACAAUAUCGGACUCUGGCAGUGGCAGCCACACAUCUGAGUCUGAGAGUCUGCACUCAGUGGGAGUCCCACCAGCCAAAAAACAAAGAGGGCCGAAAUUCACGGAGGCUGAGAACGUAGCACUGGUGGCUGCUGUUAGCACAGAAAAAUCUGUGUUAUUCAACACGACAUUGGGCACCCAGGAGAAGAUGGCCGCCUGGAGCCGGGUGAGGGAGAAAGUGUCCCAAGUUGGAAGUGGCACAGCGGACAGGACAGUUCUCAGCAUCAGGCAUCGGUACUAUGACUGCAGGGCAUCAGUAGUCAAAAAAAUAAAAAAGCAGCAGCAGAGGAGGAACAUCAACUUCAAGAACUGGGAGCUGAAGUUGAAGAAGCACCUCCUGCCAGUGGCUCAGACAUCCGAGGCAGAGAGAUCUGAUCAACAAGGCCAGACUUCAUUAAGGAGUCACCAUGACAGUUCCCCACCAUCACCUGUCCUGUCACAAUUGGAGAGCCGGAGGGCCGUUGAGGCAGAUGAUAAUGUGCCAGUACCUGAGGAAGACAUGGGCCAACCCCUGAGCUCAGCUGCCUGUUCACCAGCUAUCCCCAGUCCACUAUCUCCAACCCCAGCACCCGCAUCUGUCCCAAUGGACACCUACCUUAGGGUACUCCAAGAAAGGGACAGGUUGUCCAGGGAGACGAGGCACCUUGCACGGGAGAUGCAACGCUUGAAUAGGACCAUGCACCGACUUCACCGUCGGCAGGCUGACGACUUCCAAGUGAUGUUGGCCCCGGUCAGCCAGCAGCACCUUCAUGCCACAGCACAGCUAAAGGUGGACCUCCUGACGGCAAUAUCAAGAAUCAGCCAAUCACCUCCAUUGGCUGACACCAGCAGCAUCAACAACAGGGCACCUUCACAAACCUAA